GCAAACUGGUGGAGGGCCUAUUCAAGUAGGUGUGCUUCAUGGCGGUGACGGAGAUUGCGACUUUUUUGAAUUGUUAAGGCUUCCCAUUCACUCUUCCCCCUGGGUUAUCCUGCCUCUGAGGUCCCAGCGUUUAGCAGGUUGUAGGGAGGGACAGCUCUGAUGAUGGAGAAUGGACAGGGCACAGGCGCGAAGCUUGGCCUGCCGCCUCUCACCCCAGAGCAGCAGGAGGCACUACAAAGGGCAAAGAAGUAUGCGAUGGAGCAGAGCAUUAAGAGUGCCUUAGUGAAGCAGACCAUUGCUCAUCAGCAACAACAGCUUACCAACUUACAGCUAGAGAAGAUCAGCAUGAAGACUUUGUUAAACAUGUUGAAUGCUUUGCACUUGUUUUCACAUAGGGGUUUUGAUUGUGGGGUGAUGUUGUGAAAUGGUUUUGGGGAAGAUUUGAAGUGGGUGGCAGAGGGAAAGUCAAAUCAGUCCUGAAAGCUUUUUAUGGGGAGUGUGUAAUGUCACUAAAAGCUGAUGUAUAGCAAAGGAACAACAUUUGAAAAAGCAAAGCUUAAAUAUAUAUCUAACCUACUUUUCAGUACCCUUUUCAUCUUUACUGUCUUUCAGAUGGCAGCAGUGACAAUGGGCUUUGGAGAUCCUCUCUCACCUUUACAAUCGGUGGCGGCUCAGCGGCAACGUGCUCUAGCCAUCAUGUGCCGGGUGUAUGUGGGCUCCAUAUACUAUGAGCUCGGGGAGGACACCAUCAGACAGGCCUUUGCCCCCUUCGGCCCCAUCAAGAGCAUUGACAUGUCAUGGGACUCAGUUACAAUGAAGCACAAGGGCUUUGCCUUUGUGGAGUAUGAGAUCCCGGAGGCUGCACAGCUGGCUCUGGAGCAGAUGAACUCGGUCAUGCUCGGGGGCAGGAACAUCAAGGUGGGGCGGCCAGGUAACAUUGGUCAGGCGCAACCCAUCAUCGACCAGCUGGCAGAAGAGGCACGCGCCUACAACCGGAUCUACGUUGCCUCCGUCCACCCCGACCUCUCAGACGAGGACAUCAAGAGCGUCUUUGAGGCCUUCGGGAGGAUCAAGUCCUGCACGUUAGCCAGGGACCCCACCACAGGAAGACACAAGAGCUUUGGCUUCGUCGAGUAUGACAAGCCCCAGUCGUCCCUGGACGCAGUGUCCUCCAUGAACCUGUUUGACCUGGGGGGCCAGUACCUGCGGGUGGGCAAGGCUGUGACCCCUCCCAUGCCCAUGUUGACCCCCACCCAGCCUGGUGGCCUGCCCCCCGCUGCAGCCGUGGCUGCUGCAGCAGCCACCGCUAAGAUAACGGCCCAGGCAAGUAUGAUUCCCUUCCAAAGGGAUCUAUUGGCCUUCCAGGAGGCUGUGACCGGGGCGUCCAUCUUGGGGGCGAUGGCUGGGGCAAACCAGAUGGGACAAAUGGGUUCGAUGGGACAAAUGGGCUCGAUGGGACAAAUGGGUUCGAUGGGACAAAUGGGCAUCCCUCAGGCAGUCAUGGCUGCCCAGGCCCCCGGAAUGAUCACAGGUGUGACACCAGUGCGUCCAAACCUGCCAGUGCUGCCCCAGGUGGGCCUGGUCAACCCUGUGCUGGCCUCGCCGCCUGUGAUCACCAACCCAGCCCAGCCCAACCCCUCUCUGCAAGAACUGCAGAAGAAGAAGCAGGAGGAGAAGGAGAUGCUGCAGGACGGGACAGGCCAGGAGAUGUUGAGCGACCAAGAACACAUGAGUAUCUCAGGCAGCAGCGCCAGACACAUGGUCAUGCAGAAACUGCUGAGGAAAUCAGAAUCUACGGUGAUGGUGUUACGGAACAUGGUGGGGCCAGAGGACAUCGAUGACGACCUGGAGGGUGAGGUAACUGAGGAGUGUGGCAAGUUUGGUGCCGUCAACCGAGUCAUCAUCUACCAGGAGAAGCAGGGCGAGGAGGAAGAUGCCGAGAUCAUCGUCAAGAUCUUUGUGGAGUUCUCCAUGGCCUCGGAGAUGAACAAGGCCAUCCAGGCACUCAACGACCGCUGGUUCGGGGGUCGCAAGGUCAUCGCAGAGGUCUACGACCAAGAGCGCUUCAACAGCAGCGACCUCUCCGCAUAAACUGUCUGAAAUGGUCGCCCAACACCCUUCCCAUACCCGUUGCUCAAAUUCACUUCAGCCGCUCUCACUGCUGCUAGAGAUUUGAGACUCUUUUUAACUUUUUUAAUUUUUUAUUGAUGUUAAUAUUAUUAAUGGUCUCUUUUAAGAAAGGAAUGUUUGCACCUCUUGGAUUUAGUCUUUUCACCUACUGUGAAGACUUUAUUUUUUUUGUAUUAUUUGCAGCUUUUUUGUAAUCAAAGUGAGAAGUUAUGAUUAGGUUUUACCCUCUUAAGUUUGCCAAUGUUUGCUCUUCUAACAUGGUCAGGACUCUUUAAACAUUGUUUUUAGAGCCAUUGGUUCCAGUUUCCUCUCACAAAUAAAUUCUUCAA